AUUUGCAACAUUCCUCACUCUCUUCUUUCUCCCUUCACUCUCUCUUUGGGAGAGAAAAGCUCUCUCUGUUGAAGCUUCAGCGGUGGAAAACACAAACAAGUACAUAACAGUGUCGCACAUUCAUAGCUGAUCGAGUUUCAGCAAUGCACCGCGUUGGUAGUGCGGGGAACACAAACAAUUCAACUCGCCCUCAUAAGGAGAGGAGACUAACAUAUGUUUUGAAUGAUUCUGAUGACACAAAGCAUUGCGCAGGCAUAAAUUGUUUAUCUGUGCUCAAGUCUGCAGCAUCUGAUGGGUCUGAUUAUCUCUUCACUGGAAGCCGUGAUGGCAAGCUAAAACGGUGGGCACUUGCUGAUGAUGUGUCAACAUGCUCUGCCACCUUUGAAUCUCAUGUGGAUUGGGUUAAUGAUGCUGUUCUUGUGAGUGAUAAUGUUCUUGUUUCGUGUUCUUCAGAUACGACUCUUAAGACUUGGAAUGCCUUGUCCACUGGAACAUGUACUAGGACACUCCGACAACACUCAGAUUAUGUUACUUGCCUUGCAGCGGCUGAAAAAAAUAGCAAUAUGGUUGCCUCUGGUGGCCUUGGCGGGGAGGUUUUUAUUUGGGAUAUUGAAGCUGCGGUAGCUUCAGAUGUAAAAUGCAAUGAUGUGAUGGAUGAUGAUAAUUCAAAUAGUAUCAAUGGUUCUGGAAACUUGUUACCAACGACAAGCUUACGUACCAUCAGCUCAAGCAACAGUAUAUCUGUACACACUACUCAAACUCAAGGAUACAUUCCAAUUGUUGCAAAAGGGCAUAAGGAAUCUGUUUAUGCGUUGGCAAUGAAUGAAGGUGGAUCACUUCUUGUUUCUGGUGGUACAGAAAAGGUUGUGCGUGUUUGGGAUCCGAGAUCUGGAUCAAAGACUUUAAAGCUUAAAGGUCAUACAGAUAACGUCAGGGCUUUGCUUCUGGAUUCUACUGGCAGGUUUUGUUUAUCAGGAUCUUCAGACUCCAUGAUAAGGCUUUGGGAUCUUGGUCAGCAACGUUGUGUGCAUUCUUAUGCUGUUCACACAGAUUCUAUUUGGGCUCUUGCCAGCACUUCAACAUUUAGUCAUGUUUAUAGUGGUGGUAGAGACUUUUCAUUAUACUUGACAGACUUGCAAACAAGAGAGAGUGUUUUGCUUUGCACUGGGGAACAUCCUAUCCUUCAAUUGGCUGUGCAUGACGAUAACAUAUGGGUUGCAUCAACGGACGCUUCAGUUCAUAGAUGGCCUGCUGAAGGAGGCAACCCUCAAAAGGUUUUCCAAAGAGGCAAUUCUUUUUUAGCUGGAAAUUUGUCCUUUUCAAGAGCAAGGGUGUCAGUAGAAGGAUCUACCCCUGUUCCUGUAUAUAAACAACCAACUUUAACUAUUUCUGGCAUCCCUGCAAUGGUACAACAUGAAGUUUUGAAUAAUAAGAGACAUGUCCUGACAAAGGAUACUUCUGGUUCAGUGAAGUUGUGGGAAAUUACAAAAGGUGUUGUAGUUGAAGAUUAUGGAAAGGUUUCAUUUGAGGAGAAAAAAGAAGAGCUGUUUGAGAUGGUAUGAUUACCUGCAUGGUUCACAGUAGAUACCAGGCUUGGAUGUUUAUCUGUACAUUUGGACACUCCUCAAUGUUUUUCUGCUGAGAUGUAUUCAGCAGACCUUAACAUUAUAGGCAAGCCAGAAGAUGACAAGGUUAACUUGGCUCGAGAAACACUGAAAGGGCUCUUGGCUAAUUGGUUGAGAAAAAGAAAGCAAAGAAUAGGAACUCCAGCCCCUGCUAAUGGGGAGUUAUUAUCUGGAAAGGAUAUUGGUGCUAGAAGUCUUACACAUUCAAAAGUUGAGGUUGAUGGAAGUUCUGAGAUUGAUGCAAUGGUUUAUCCUCCAUUCGAAUUCUCAGUUGUUUCCCCCCCUUCCAUUAUUACUGAGGGAACCCAUGGAGGUCCAUGGAGAAAAAAAAUUACUGAUUUAGAUGGAACUGAGGAUGAAAAAGACUUCCCCUGGUGGUGUUUGGACUGCGUAUUGAAUAAUCGGUUACCUCCUAGAGAAAAUACGAAAUGCAGUUUCUAUUUGCAUCCAUGUGAAGGUUCUAGUCUCCAGAUCCUCACCCAAGGGAAGCUAAGUGCUCCACGUAUAUUAAGAAUUCAUAAAGUUAUUAAUUAUGUUAUAGAAAAGAUGGUACUCGACAAACCUUUGGAUAGUGUCAAUUCCGAUGGUAAUUUCCCCCCUGGACUUGCUGGGUCACAAUUACAGCACCAAGCAGUUGGGGAUGUGUCUUUCCGAUCUGGGUUUAAACCUUGGCAAAAGAUUAGACCUUCUAUUGAAAUAUUGUGCAACAAUCAGAUAUUGUCUCCUGAAAUGAGCUUAGCCACGGUGCGAGCUUAUAUAUGGAAGAAAACAGAUGACCUUGUCCUAAAUUACAGAGUAACUCAAGGGAGGUGACUGAAAAAGGCGCUUCUGUCAGAAGCGGUUUUCUUGUGAUUGUGUGAUCUGGACAUUGAUUCUCUGGGGUGGUUACUCUGACCAGUGGCAUUGCAAGAGGCUUGUAUAUUCUAAACUCAUUGAUCACCAAAUUUAGUGGCAUUCUUCAAACCUGCUUGGAUAGAUUUUACGUUAUCAGGGAGUUGUUCUAUAAAUUUUGAAUUAUAUCUAGUUGGCGGGCUUACUUUCCCUGGACAUGCACUCAUGGAUUCUGUCUUGCAAGAUGAGGUUUUCUAAUUGUCUCUUGAGAAUUAUUGGGGAUCAUAUGGGAUGUUUUCCGGGAAGUGGGUAGUAAAUUUAGAGAUGACAACAAAAACAUUGUACAUUUGAAUUGUGCAUUAAUUACCUAGCCAUAGAAAUUAUGUUCUAAAGGUGUGUAUCUUCACAUUCUCAAAGCGUUCUGUUUCUUUUUUAAUUUAAAAUUUUGU